GCAGUGAUGAGUCGAGGAUUCAAAAAUUCGGCGCCAUUUUCAAAUACAAAUUCAUGUAGCAGUGGGGUUUGUAUGAUGAGUAGCACAUGGAGGGAUGAACAGCAUCCAUCCUUUCUCAAUUUCAUCUCUUGCUUUCUCAAAGAAAACUCCUUCCGUUCAAAUAUUGUGCCAAUUGCACCGGAUUUUAUCUUUAACUGUGGCGGUUUGUCGGUUGCUUUCAUGUUUGUGACCAAUUGGGGUGGCAUCGACACAGCAUCUUUCUUUAGAAAAGUACAGAAAUUGAAGGAGCAGUUUGCAAACUUCUACGUUGUUAUCACCCUUCCUACAAAGGAACAGAAUGAUUCUUUGAUAUAUUCCUAUAUCAAGUACGGAAUGCAACUUGGAAGGCCAACAUUUGUUCCUGUGCGAGACUUGGGGAUGGGCUUCGAAAAAAUCGUGAAGAUAGCACAUGCUCGUGGGGCGUGCAAACGCCAGGAUGCAUUGGCAAAAAUAAAAGCUGAGAAGGAAAAAUCAGUACAAGCGAUGGAGAUUUACCUACAAGUAGUUACAUCAAUACCCGGGGUUGACAGCCAUGAUGCAAAUGUGCUUAAUCAAACUAUUGGUUCGAUUGAAGCAAUAGCUAAGUCAUCAAAGGAGUACAUUCUGGAAACUACUGACCUUUCACCCACAACAGCUGAGACAAUCACAAGGUUUUUCCGGGAUCCUAAGUUUUAUCUUGCUCCAAAAAUUGGUUGAGUUAUAAUUCCAGAGCAUUCAGAGCCAUGCACUCUGUGGAAGUGACUUUAGAUCUCAAGAACUACAAGUGGAAGUCGAAUAAACUAAAAUCCCCUGGAAAUGUAGCUGAACUUCUGUGGUAGUGCUUCUGUAUCUGUAGUCGUAACACGAUUAGAGGAAAUCACAAGGCUCUUCAAAAAUCUUACCUCUCUUGCUUAAGGAAAUAUGACAGCAUAUUUGUGUUACGUUGAUCUAAAUUCACUGAAAGUCCUUUUAAGGAAGAUCAGAAUUGCACCUACAUUGAUGUUUAAGUUCUUCAGUGCUGCUUGUUUCAAUUUCUGGUCCUUCAUAUGACUAAAACUCACGAAGAACCUUCUUUUCAUGGACAAUUUCAACAUCUAGUUUCCAUGAUGCUGAAUGAUCAACUAUAACGUAAAUACUACUUUACUUUUGGUUCUUUACUUUUAAUGCAGUAAAACUGUGAAAUCCGAGGUGAAUUCCAAUAUUUAUUGGAGUCUCCUUUACGAUUGGGAACGAUAUUUUAACAGUUUUAACUCAGUACAUGACUUCAUGCAUGAAAGAAAUCAAGUGUAUCUCCAUAUUUUGUUUAGACUGACCAGUAACAGAAAGCAUUUCAAAUAAAAUUACACACUUAGCUAGCCUUUGGAAAUGGUUUUAUUUCUCCAAUAUAAAUUAUUGGUUUUAUCUGGACUAUUUUUGACAAUAGGCUAAUCUAAAUAAUAUAAACAAGUACUGUGUAUCAAGCUGGCUCUCAGAGCCAAUCAUCUAAAGAGCUCCAUAAAGA